CCGGCAGCACGGUUUAAAUCAUUGGAUUUUCAGAUGUGUAAAGUUAUAUAACAUGGUAUAUAAAAGGAUGUAGUAGGUGUAUAAAAUCACCAGGCCCGUGAUUUUGUCUGAUUUACAGGAUAAUUAGUCAUCAUUAUUUGGAAUAUGAAGAAUUAAUGACAGGAGGCGUGAAGGUCUAGUAGCCGCCCAGAAUCGCAGAGCGAGCAGAGCAGCAGUGUUGAGUGGAGUCAGUGCCGCUGAAUGAUUCAGUGCUGUCGAGAGGAAUGAAUAAACGGAGCCAAAGCUUCACACAGCAGUUGAAGGAAUCCUAAGGACGUUUUCAUCCUCUUGGAUAACGGAGUUUUCGUUAAGUUCGCCUGUACUUAAACGCGACGAAAUCACAAAGCACGUCUCAGAGAAGAAGACUGAAGCAGAUUUCUGAAAAGCAUCCUGCUUACCAUCAGCCGGAAGGGAGAGACAUUUACAGGUACAUAUGGGGCAAGGAGAAGCUUCAACAAGAGGCACAAGGAUGGAGGGGGACUGUCUUAGUUGCAUCAAGUACCUCAUGUUCAUCUUCAACUUCUUUAUUUUUCUCGGAGGUUCAUUCCUUCUAGGGGUGGGAAUCUGGGUGCUGGUGGAUCCGUCAGGUUUCCGGGAGAUUGUGGCAGCCAACCCUCUCCUGUUUACUGGAGUCUAUGCAAUUUUGAUCAUGGGCGGGAUGCUGUUCCUACUGGGAUUUCUGGGCUGCUGCGGAGCCAUACGAGAAAAUAAAUGUCUUCUACUGUUUUUCUUCAUGCUCAUACUCAUCAUAUUCCUGGCAGAGUUGGCAGUGGCCAUUCUGGCAUUCAUUUUCCGGGAGCAUCUCACCAGAGAUUACUUCACCAAGGAGCUGAAAACACAUUACCAAGGCACCAACAGCACUGAUGUCUUCACCUCCACAUGGAACGCCAUUAUGACUACAUUUGAUUGCUGCGGGGUGAACAGUGCUGAAGACUUUGAUGAUCACAGCCUCUUCAGACGGCUGAACCCCAGCAGACUAGUGCCAGAGGUCUGUUGCCAGAGGAACGAUCUAAUGAUAAGCAAAGAGGAGUGUCUCAAGGGAAUUAUGCCAAUUCGUAACAAGGGCUGUUAUUCAGCAGUGGUGGACUAUUUUGAGACGUACAUCUACAUGGCUGGAGCCCUUGCUAUUGUGGUGCUGACUAUUGAACUUUUUGCCAUGGUGUUUGCUAUGUGUUUGUUUAGGGGAAUUCAGUAAUAUUAACAUGCAGUAAAUUAAGGACAUUUCGAGGAGGAAGAAUGUGGCCUGGCAUGGAAGAAAUUUUCAAAUAAGAAAAAGAAGAAAACACUUAUAUAUUUGCCAUCUCUAUGUUGUUAUGUUGGAAUAUCUGAGAAUUGCCAAAAAUGUAUUGUACUUCACAGCUGGGACUUUGAGGUACUUGUGAAAUCAUUCGUAAAUUAAGGGUGGCAUCUAUGGCAGUCCUUUAAGGUUAAUGGAGGACACCUUGCACUGAUAUUUGGUUGAAUAUUUAUAGAUGACAAAAAGACUGAUUUGUACCAAGAUGUUUUACCUCUUAUCUACAGUAGAUUGUUCACCACUGCUCCAGAGCCAUGCUUAAAAAAACAACACUGUGUGAAUGGGAGGGUAUGUCUGUGAAACAGAGAAGAUUGGUUUGUGUGUGUGUGUGUGUGUGUGCUUGUUUCUGUAUAAAACCAAGAGGCCAGCAGCUUCUAUAAAGUAACGUUUUGUGAGUUGCAACCAUGAAUAUUUUAUGUGAUUUUAGCAAAACUGUGCUGUAUUUGUGAUGUAUCUAUUGUACACGACAUUGAAUGAUAUAAAAAAAUAAAUAAACAAUCUGCAGUGCUUA